AUGAUGGUUUAUGCUAUAUCAUGGAAUGAUUUUAUUCAUACAACCAGGACUAUUAUAUCAAAAUCACCUAACGAUGUAAGAUAUGUUAUAAAAUUGCAUAGGCCAACUGAUACAAUUAUAUUAAAAGUCACUGAUAGUACAAAUAGUAUAAUGUAUAGAUUAAGUAAAAAUGACAACUUAAAAAAAGUAGAAGAAUUAAAUUCUCUUUUUUUAAUAUGGGGAACAAGUGAAAAUAAAAACGAAACAUUACAACUAAAACUUAAUAAAAAUAUAGAUAAAGUGUCUAAUGAUCAAAAAGUGAAAAAAGUUAAAUAA